GGCAGCCCAGCGGGGGCAGAGCGCGAGCGGGAUCCGGAGCGGCGGCUGGAGCGCGGGGAGCCGGGCAGGCUGGAGCCGGAGCCCCGGCGGCGCAGCGCGGGGAUGGCCGUGGCGGUGGGGAGGCCCGCGAAUGACGAGCUUCGAAACCUGUCCCUCUCUGGUCAUGUGGGCUUUGACAGUCUUCCAGAUCAGCUGGUCAACAAAUCAACCUCUCAAGGGUUCUGCUUCAACAUUCUUUGUGUUGGUGAAACCGGCAUUGGCAAGUCAACCUUAAUGGACACUCUGUUUAACACAAAGUUUGAAAGUGACCCAGCCACCCACAAUGAGCCAGGUGUGAGGUUGAAAGCAAGAAGCUAUGAACUCCAGGAGAGCAACGUCCGUCUGAAGCUGACCAUUGUUGACACAGUUGGAUUUGGAGAUCAGAUUAAUAAAGAUGACAGCUAUAAGCCCAUAGUUGAAUAUAUCGACACUCAGUUUGAAGCCUAUCUGCAGGAGGAACUGAAGAUCAAGCGUUCCCUGUUUAAUUACCAUGACACAAGGAUUCACGCCUGCCUAUAUUUCAUCGCACCUACGGGACACUCACUGAAGUCUCUUGACCUAGUCACCAUGAAGAAGCUCGACAGUAAGGUUAACAUUAUCCCUAUAAUAGCCAAAGCUGAUACGAUUGCAAAAAACGAGUUGCAUAAAUUCAAGAGUAAAAUCAUGAGUGAGCUGGUCAGCAAUGGUGUCCAGAUCUAUCAGUUCCCCACAGAUGAAGAGACAGUGGCUGAGAUAAAUGCUACAAUGAGUGUCCAUCUUCCAUUUGCUGUUGUUGGCAGUACUGAAGAAGUGAAGAUUGGCAAUAAGAUGAGCAAGGCCAGGCAGUAUCCAUGGGGGGUUGUGCAGGUUGAAAACGAAAACCAUUGUGACUUUGUGAAGCUGCGUGAGAUGUUGAUCCGAGUGAACAUGGAGGACUUGAGAGAGCAGACGCACACCCGGCACUAUGAAUUGUACAGGCGCUGUAAGCUAGAAGAAAUGGGAUUCAAAGACACUGACCCUGAUAGUAAACCAUUCAGUCUCCAAGAGACCUAUGAAGCGAAGAGGAAUGAAUUCCUGGGUGAGCUGCAGAAGAAGGAGGAAGAAAUGAGACAGAUGUUUGUCAUGAGAGUGAAGGAGAAAGAAGCAGAGUUGAAAGAAGCGGAGAAAGAUCUCCAUGAAAAGUUCGAUCAUCUCAAGCGGACACACCAAGAAGAGAAGAAAAAAGUGGAAGACAAAAAGAAGGAGCUUGAGGAGGAGCUGAGCAACUUCCAGAAGAAGAAGGCAGCCACUCAGCUACUACAGUCACAGGCUCAACAGGCUGGUUCCCAACAAACCAAGAAAGACAAGGACAAGAAAAACUUCUUCUUUAUGUAAUGGUCACCUUGCCAAGCCCCCACUCCCUUUCUCCUAAUGGGCAUUAGAAGAGCCAGCGGGACAUGUACACACCCGUUGGGAGAAGAGUUACCUCAUUCUUCCAUCAUCUCCACCUUGCUCUUUAAAGCGUGGGUCAGGGAAGUGCGUAGCUCUAAGGGUCUGUUUGCUUCCCAGUAUGUCUUCUACAGGAUUUUCAUUACCACAAAGAGACAGAAUAAGUGGAACAGAGAACUUAGAUGCUAUCACAGAUAUUACAUUGGGAACUUUUCUUUUGCCUUCACCUGCACGCUGCUCUUGAUAAAUAAGAAGAUUACGGACAGAAUGAAUGUGCAAUAAUAAAGGAUUGCUGAGUAGUAGACUUAAGCUAGAACUGACUUUAAUGCUGACAAACAUCCUGAUCUGGCUACUCUGAAAGCUGUGCGCUCCUGUGCAUUUUAAACCAGUUCCUUGGACAGGGAUCACUAUUUUUAAGUAUGAAGUGGCAUGAGCAGAGAGCGCUGCUAUUUGAUACUGUCAGGUUGAUGGAAUUUGUUCAGUUGUUUUCAGCUGAUCUUCUGCCUCUUCGUGUGCAAAAUGAGAUCUUUUCCUAUGAAGUCCAGCCACGCAGAUUGCUGCUUGAGGAGAAGACUAUUUAAGUAUGUGAAGCCCAUCCAGUAACUGUUUUUACAUGCUUUAUGUAGUCUUGCUGUGGGACAUGUGCAUAAACUUUUUCACUUGUCUACUUCAGAAGCAGAUUCAACAGCGAAGAGCUUGAAAAGUGCCAAAAAGUAAGCUUGUAACUUAGUUUACACAUGUAAGUCAAGUGCCCUCUAGUGUCAGUGGCUCAGUUCAUUAUGAUUGUCAUUUUUAGGUGUAUUGUGGGGAGGUUUUUUUAAUCACUUGCUGCCAAACUGUGGCUGUUCAUUGCUCCUGACCACAAAUCAAUGCCGUAUUUCAGUGUGGAGUGACAAAGGGAAUGCAGAGUAUUUUACAUUGCCUCCUUUCUUGUUUAAAGAAUAAAAGCCACUGUCGUUCCUAAACUUGCUUACGUGCUUUUUCGGAAGUACAGGUUUUUUUGGCAGUAGUAGAGGAUUUGGACUCCUGCUGCAAGAGAGAGGGCUGGAUUUGGAGUGACAAAACAACCCUUUCUUCAAUCUGAUUAAGUAGAUUUGUGCUUAUACAUCAAGGAAAUAUUUAAAUCAGCUGUACAAAAUUGUCAUGAAUGUUUACCAGUCCUGGUAUUAAGUUUAGCUGGCUGAAAUUGUACUCUCCUCCUACUGAAGGAGUGGUAGAAGAUGGGGAGAGAACCUGAGGGUGGAGUUAAAGCCCUGUACCUGGAACAGACUUGCUCAGAAGCAACCGCCUAUAGAAAACAUUUGAAAUAUAUUAAGUUUAGAACACCAGGCCUCAAUCCAGGAAGUGUUUAAACACAGGGUUAGUCCAUUGCUGGAUUAAGGCCUGACUCCAUUAAUAUUUCAUUUCUUCCACAGAUUUUUGUUACCACUUUAGUAAAACGUGACUGUUACUGAUUAGCAGAGAUGAACCCAAUUUUCUAGCACUGUGUGGUCAGGCUGUGAUGUUUCAAGGGUAAGAGGAUACUGCUCUGAUCUAUAUGAAGCAUAGGAUGAGAGAUUCUCAUUGUGCUGCUAAUGGCACACCUUGCCCUCACUUCAAUGGGAACAGGAUCAUGGCCUAUGUGACUUCAGUAGAAGUAGGUGAUCCCAGCUGAAAGUCACCUCUGGGCAGAAGGUCAGCUAGUGGCUUAGGCCUUACUUAACUCCCUCUCAAGCCCUCAUUUGAGAAUAAAAUUUAUGCAUGUGCUUAAGCAUCAAGGCCCUGCCACCACUGGAUGAUGUCUCACCCAGGGAGUUUAUAAGGGCCAUGCCUUCCAAACAAGUUAAGCUACUUAGCCCCCAAUCCAUUUGUGCCUCAUUCCUUAAUGCACUGCUGCAUGCUCUGAGUCCCUAUGAUGGGUUAAUCAGGUGUGAGUAUUUUUAAAAUCAAACAGUAGUUAGGAACCCAACUUUGGCUUCUGAAAAUGUAUGGUCAGAACUGCUCCCCUGCCUGCAUAGUCCUGAAGCCUACAGUCUGCCUAAGGCACAGUGAGUUCACUGCUGUCCUGUGCACAAGGAGUUGAGAUUCAAUUAAGUUUGUAUACAUGGUUAUACAGCCAGGCAGCUGGAUGAGCUUAGACCAAGGGUUGGCAAUCUUUCAGAAGUGGUGGGUCUAGUCUUCAUUUAGGCACAUGCCAGUAAAAAAUUAUAUAUUUUAGAGACCUUCUAAAAAUGUUAACUAAAUGAGUAUUGUAAAUAAGACUCUUCAUUUAAAAUUAAAUUAAAAUGCAGAACCCCCCCGACCAGGACCCAGGCAGCAUGGGUGCUACUGAAAAUAAGCUUGUGUGCACCAUAGGUUGCCUGCCCUGGCUUAGACCAUCACAGAAACAUGAGUGCUUCAUGAGGUGGGGCCUGUGGUGUUUUAUUUUCACUUGAUUGCCUUGCAAGUGUUAUGUAAUGCCCACAAAAGGCUGAGCACCUGUGUUACAAACCUAUUAGCAGCCCCUUAGGGAAGAAGAUAUGAUACAGCUGAGGAGCUGCUGUUUGGUAAGGGGCACACACUUAUUUGGGUUCUUUAUAUGAAGUGCAAGCCUUUGAAUUACUUAUGUUGGCCAUAUGCCUAGAGAGAGGGGCUCUUCUAAUGUUUGAAACAGAAACCCACCACUUUCUUGUUAAACACGUUUAAAGUUUCCCCCCUUGUUUUUGUCAAGGAAUUUUGAAAAGGGAAGGAUGGUGUUGACUCACUUUCCCCCCUCACACCCAGCUGUUAAGAAAAGUAAUAGAUACCACUUCUGUUAACACAGGGAGAGAUGACAACAUAAGUCAUCCAAAGCAGUUACAUAUUACUCACCAGGCAGGGUGCUCUUCCCCAUAGAUUAUGGAAGCGAUCUAUUAAUUUAAAGGUACCAAACACUUUGGUGUAAGAGAAAAAGCAAAACAGGAUCAGCUCCAGAAAUGAGGUAAAUGCAUUAGAGGGCCAUGGGCCAGAUACGCAGCUGCUGCGUAUCACUACAACUCCAUUGACCUACACUGAGGUGCUGCCAUACAAUAGUGUCUCUAUCCAAAGAGCUAAAUAAUAGUGCCUACCUGUAUCCAGCUUGGUUUUCCCUGAGUUAGUGCCCUUCAUGGGUGUGUCCCUUCUACAGCUGGCCUGCCUUGCCCUGCUAGCUAAGUCUCCUGAAGUUUUCCUUGCACAUCACCUACUGUUCAGAUAAGAGCCUGUUCCCCCAGAAUAAAACAAGUUGACUUGUUACUAUGCCUGCAAGAAAAGAGAGGAGAGUCAACAUUUACUCAGCCCAUGUGAAGAACAGUGUCAUACCAAUGGUAAUUAACACAUCUUCACAGCUAUGGAGGAUUCCUCCUCCUCCGGUCACUGCUGCUAGCUGCACUUCACAGAGUAAAAGGGAGACUUGGGGACAGACUGAACUGGCUCAACAUGAGGUAGUUCUGUCACCUCCCCUUGAGCUGUGGAGAUUUACAGCUGCUGAGAUGCUCCAAUCUUCACCCUUACAUCUCAUGAAGUAGUGUGGUCUGGGAUUAGGAACUCCCUCCCCUUACAUGCUGUAGAUCAAUUUGUAUUUUGGGGUACAGUACUUGAGCCCCAUCUGCCUCCAGGCCAGCUCCUUGUAGCUCCCACAAUUCCCAUUCACAGAGUGUGCUGUAGGGGAGGGAAUGUAGAAUGCAGUGAUGAGAGAAAGCACAACUCCUUCACAACAUCACAUGUAAGCUCUUAGGGACCGUCUUUUUGUUCUGCGUUUGUACAGCACCUAACACAAUGGGGCCCUGCUCUGUGACCAGGCUUCCUAAGCACUGCUGCAACACAACCAAGGAGAGAGAACUUAACACUGGGAAACCAGUCUUACCCCAGUAUCUAACAGUGGAUUCUGCUGGAUUCUCUGCUUGCUGUGGUUUUAUAAGCAGUGUAACUCCACUGACCUCAGUGGAACAACGCCUAAGGGAGAGACACAUUGUGCUCUCUGGGGUUAGCUGCAGUGGUCCGCAACCAGUCAGUGCUGCAGGUUCUCAGCGCCUUUGGGAAAAACAAUGGAUUUAAAUGUCUAAAUUUAAAAGCCUCCGAGGGUGGGACUUGUACCCAUUUUGAGUACCCCUUCCCACCCUUUAGUUUGCGCAGGACACAUAGCCAGCCCAUCUAGUGAAGCAGCCUGUACAGGGUCAGUGAUAGGAGAUGCUCACCUGUUCUCUUCCAGAGUAACCACCAUCUCGUGCUCUGCUGUAUUGGAAUCCCUAGGCUUGAUGAGCUCAGCAGCCAAAAAACCUGAGGCAAGGAAGAAGUGGAAUGAUGAUUAAUUUGUUGUCCAUUAUUACUAAUGUUAAUGUUAAUCACAGUAGUGGCUAAGGACCAACCAACAAUAGGGCCAGGCACUGAACAAUCAUGACAUGACGGUUUGAUGUUGUAAUGGGAGCUGAAUGUAGUAGCCUCAUGGGAACAUGGUGAACAGUGCAACAGGCUGCCAUGAGGUUGUGACUCCAUUCAGUGACUGGCUUGGCAAGGCUGGAGCUCCAAGCAACGUGCAGGUUCCUCUGGGCAUUUGUAUCCGUGUCCACAAGGCACCUCCUCCUGUGUGAUAUUCAGGCGUAACAUUUAAAUAAUAAAAAUGUGUUCUUGGUCUCA